UUAAAUUCAAACAUUUUAAAUCUCAUUUUCCUUUCAUAUCAUCAUUAUAUAAAUAAAUACACAUAUACAUACAACCUAUAGAUACCUAAAAUCCCUUAUAAAACCCCUAAAAAUUCCACAUUUCCGAAAUCAAUCCAAUCCAAUCCAAUCCAAUCCAAAACACACACACAGAAAAGGAAUCAAGUUAUUUUUUCAAUCACCUACCAAUAUAUACAUACAAAAGUUUAUAUCUAUAUAAUACGAUCUGAUUUAGUAUUAAGAUGAGAAGGAGAUUAGUAAUAGUAUUGAAACAGAUGGAUUUUAAUGUCGGUGGGGUUUGUUACUGUGCAGAAGGAGCUACAGUAAUAGUGAUAUAGGAGGAGUGUGUGUGUAUAUAUAUAUAUAUUAUGAAUAAUAUUAUAAAAAUAAUAUCCAAUAAUGGAAUGUUAUUGUUCAUUACUAAUGAGUUGAUGAAGAUCAGAAGUGGUCAUCGACAUAUUUCGUUUCGUAAUAUAUUUCAUACGAUAUUAAUCCUGGCUUUUUUACUGCCUUUUGUUUUUAUUCUUACUGCUGUUAUUACUCUUGAAGGUGUCAACCACUGCUCGUCUAUCGAUUGUUUAGGAAGACGUUUGGGGCCAAGGCUUCUUGGGAGGGGAGAUGAUUCGAAGAGGUAUCUUACAGAAUUUUAUACGAUUCUUGAGCAAGUGCAUUAUGAAGAAGUCCCAGAUGAUCUAAGGCUUCCUGAUAACUUUGAUCAACUUGUUUCAGAAUUGAAAAGCAACACAUAUAAUGCUAAAGAGUUUGCAUUUAUUUUGAAAGGAAUGAUGGAAAGGUCUGAGAGGGAGAUCAGAGAAUCUAAAUUUCAAGAACUAAUGAACAAACAUUUUGCGGCAACAUCAAUUCCCAAGGGCAUCCAUUGUCUCUCUUUACGUUUGACUGAUGAGUACUCUUCUAAUGCGCAUGCACGGAAACAGUUGCCUCCGCCGGAGCUACUCCCACUUCUUUCCGAUAACUCCUACCAACACUUUUGUGUGUUUACUGAUAAUAUUCUGGCAGCGUCAGUUGUAGUCUCUUCAGCCGUUCGAUCGUCUCUUAGGCCCGAGAAGAUUGUCUUUCAUGUAAUAACUGACAAGAAAACUUACGCAGGGAUGCACUCAUGGUUUGCAUUAAAUCCCAUCUUCCCGAGCAUUGUUGAAGUCAAAGGUGUUCAUCAGAUUGACUGGUUGACUAGAGACAAUGUUCCUGUUCUUGAAGCCGUUGAAAAUCAUCAAGGAGUCAGAAAUUACUACCAUGGGAGUCAUGUAGCCGGUGCCAAUCGCAGUGUUACCUCACCAAGAUUAUUUGCCUCUAAAUUGCAGGCUAGAAGCCCCAAAUACAUAUCUUUGCUGAAUCAUCUUCGCAUAUAUUUGCCAGAGCUAUUCCCGAACCUUGAUAAAGUGGUUUUCUUGGAUGACGAUAUUGUAAUUCAACGUGAUUUGUCACCACUUUGGGAUAUUGACCUUCGUGGGAAGGUUAAUGGAGCUGUCGAAACUUGCAAAGGUGAAGACUCGUGGGUGAUGGGCAAGCGGUUCAAAAUCUAUUUCAACUUUUCUCACCCACUUGUAGCGAAAAGUUUGGAUCCAGAGGAAUGUGCUUGGGCUUUUGGUAUGAAUAUCUUUGAUUUACGUGCAUGGAGAAAGACUAAUAUAAGAGAAAUAUACCACUCAUGGGUGAAAAAGAAUUUGAACUCAAAUUUAACAUUGUGGAAGCUUGGAACACUACCUCCCGCCCUCAUUGCAUUUAGAGGUCAUGUUCAUCCGAUUGAUCCGUCAUGGCACAUGCUGGGCUUGGGCUACCAGAACAACACAAGUAUUGAGAGUGUAAAGAAGGCUGCUGUAAUUCAUUACAAUGGCCAAUCGAAACCGUGGCUAGAGAUAGGCUAUGAGCAUCUUCGUCCUUUUUGGUCCAAAUAUGUCAACUACUCCAAUGAUUUUGUCAAGACGUGUCACAUUUUGGAGUAGUCAAAGAUAAGCAAUUUAUAGAAUAUCGUCAACAUAUAUUGAAAAGAUGGCAGUGCAACUCUUGAAAAAGCUUGGCUGUGGACCUUGGGGCCCAAAUCAAUAGCAGCAUGCUCUCGACCUGUAGCACAACCGUUUCUUUAUUCAGACAGUAUUUAACCCUCUCGAUUAGGAGGGUGAUUGGGUAUACGUUAGUUGAUAGGAUGAAAUAAUAGGAAUCAAGUAUGGGGCUGAGUCGAAGAAUGCUGUUUGCCUGAAAGUACCUGAGAUUGAGAAGAUGAAUGUCCUUAACUUUAGCCCAAUUAGCUUCAGAAAUGAUAUGAUUCUUUAUUCCCAUAUAAAGUUUUGAUUUUAUAUAAUUGUGCUAUUUUAGUGGCCAUAGAUGGUUGGAAAUUGUUUUGUUACGGGAAUAUUGUAGCGGGAAACAUUAUUCAUAGGUUAUAAGUAGUGGCCAUGUACUAUUCAUGAAAAGCAUUUAUAAUGUGCAGUUGAUUCUUUUUUAUCCCAA